GAAGCAUCAGGCGAAGGCGAGCUUAUCUUCCCAUACGAGUGCAUGUCUUUACCGUAAGUCUUAAGGCAAUCGCGCAUUGAUAUAGGGGCUCAGACAACCGUAUCAAAACGUGGCCGUUAAAUAGCUCCUGUUUCUGCUCCAGUCAUGUUCAGCCGCUAACCCUGGAAUUGUUAGAAGACGGCAUAUCCAACCGGAAUAUUCUAGUGUUGCUAUUCACAGACGUCGCGUUUAACCUAAAAGAUCAAGUGCAGCAAUGAGGCUGCUGUCAAACCUGUUGCUACUGUCUGUGGUCCUUCUGCUGUUGCAAGGUCACCUCAGCUGGGCAAAGCGUGGAGGAGGUGGGGGCUUUAGCUUUGGCAAGAAAUCCUCAAGCAGCAAAGGGCACACAGGAGGAACACGUAAGCCAGGACAGGGCACACACAUGCAACCUGGGCAGUACCCCAGGCAGCCAAACCAAAACCCUGCAGGAGGGUACCCAGCGGCGGGCGGAUACCCAGCGGCGGGCGGAUACCCAGCGGCGGGCGGAUACCCAGCGGCGGGCGGGUACCCUAACCAGUAUCCAGGAAGAGGUGGUGUUAAUCCUGGUGGGUAUCCAGCGGCAGGAGGGUACCCCGCAGCGGGCGGGUAUCCAGCGGCAGGAGGGUACCCUAACCAGUAUCCAGGAAGAGGUGGUGUUAAUCCUGGUGGGUAUCCAGCGGCAGGAGGGUACCCCGCAGCGGGCGGGUAUCCAGCGGCAGGAGGGUACCCCGCAGCGGGUGGGUACCCAGCGGCAGGAGGGUACCCAGCCAGAGGAGGUAUGAAUCCAGGAGGUUAUCCUAAUCAGUAUGGAGGAGGAGUCUACCAUGGUGGAGCAGCCUAUCCCGGAGGUUACCCUCAGAGGGGAGCGACAGGGUGGGGACAGCAAGGUGGUUUUCCUGGGGGUUACCCAGCCGGAGGUGGAGGGUAUCCAAACUGGAACCCUAAUAAUCAGAUCCUGAGUCCGCGCUACGGUGGAGGCUACGGAUAUGGCGGCGGGUAUGGAAUGGGAGGUUCGCCGUUUUCCCGGGCAGUGAAUAACAUGGGAAUGAGUCCCUCUAUGAAAUCCAAGGGAUUUGGCAGGAACGCAGCCCUGGCAGCAGGAGUUGGAGCGAUGGCCGGCAUGGCAGUGGGCUACGGCUUAGGGCGUUUCCCACGGCCUAAUUUCCAUUUCAACAGUCCACAGGAGGAGUAUUACUACAAUCAGUACAUGUACCGCCGCUACGGCAAAGUUUCCACCGAUGAAAACGAUUUUGGCCGCGACUACAAAUUCAAGCCGCCUCCACAAUCGUAUGAGAACUACAUGGACUCCUGUAUGAAGCGGACAGACUUGCUACAGGCGCUCAACUCCCAAGACAACAGAGAGGGCGAUGCUCAAACCGCCAAGCAGGAUACACCAGGGGAUGCCCUCAUCGUUGGCACUGGUGGUGGGGGUGGUGCAGAGGCCCCGUCUACGACAGCUAACAGUUCCACGAUCGGGAUGUCCUCAAACGAUGCGAGGAACGUGUCAUCUACACAGGGGCCUCGGAGCCCGGAGCCCAUGCUUCCGGCAGUUUCCGAUGCUAAAGAGGAGGAUGACGAGGAUACGGUGAGCAUAUUGGAGAUCGGCUACCCUGAGCUGAUAGAGCAGCUGAAGGCGCGCCGUUGCGUGGAGCUGUACGUGGUCUACUCUGAGCGCUUCCUGGAGAAACAAACUGGGGAGCGCAGCAAUACCAAGGCGGGCGGGGUGUUGCAGUGCCCCCUGAGCCAGGGGCUGCUGGCUCUUCUUACCGGCUUUGCCCUGCUCCUGGCCAGCCUUCCUGCGCUAGCGUGAUGCACGUGUCAAGCGCUUGCAAGGGAAGAGCUCACACCAUCAUGUUCCGCAAAGCCCGGAGAUUUAUCGUACUCAAGGAUGACGCCCUGUCACAGCUUCUCCAGCCGAGCGCCAGUAUGGAUUCUGCUGCCAUGUCUCCUUUCAUGUAGGCCCUUCUGCAUUUUGUGUUGCAGUUAAAUUUUCACAACUGACUGGAGUCAACUGUGGCAUAAAUUAUGGAGCAAAAUUGCAUCACUGGAUAAAUACUACACAAUACUCGUAUGCAUGUACAUGACUAGACAUUACGUAACUAGUCACAAGGUUACCAUGGUAAGGGACAAAAAUAUUAAACAAUUUAGGACAUUUGAUUUCAUGGGAAAAAAAAAUUACACAAAAUGUUCCCAUGCCAGCUAGGGCUGCAUGAGUCUGGGUAAAAUAGGAAUUACAUUUUUUUUUCCAUCAGAAUUUAGAUCACAUUUUUCUCUCAUGAUUCUUGAGAUAUUCAUUUCUCCCGUCGUUAUUUGCAUUAUUGCAGUACAUGGUUCCGUCUUCAUAAAGACAAUGGGACAGUCAUCAACUUUGCAGAACGGAAAGGGCAAGCUUCGUUUUUUUUAACCUCUUCAUCUGCAAGAAACGCUAAACAUAAAACUCAUCUAUUCUUAAUUAUAACACCUUUUAAAAUGGUUUUCUACAGAUUCAUUGUUUUCCUAGAGAGCUGCACCUUUUGCAAACCAUGAGUGUCAUACUAUGCUGUCAUACUAUGCCGUUGUCUUUGUAUGCAAGAUAAUUUCACUUUUGGUCCCUUUUUUAAUACGAGCUCCACAUUAUUGCUCAAACUAGGGUUGGAAAAAUGUUUCCUCUUUCUCAGCCAACCGGAAGGGUAUUCUCCAGUCUGAAUCAUUUUGUUCAUGAUUUUGAAGCUUUUUCUUUCAUCGUAUGACACGCAGAUUUAUUUUCGGAUUUGAUCCCUCUUUGUGUGUACCAUUCGUCCCAUGGUGUAAGACAGUCCUGUCAUUUGUUGGUACAGCUUAGGGAGAAAAGAGGAGCACUUGGUUUUAUGCUACAGAUAUCUCUGCUAAUGUUAACACUGCACAAUCAUUAUCAUGUAAGAAUGAGGUUGCAUAGAGGUAGGAAUCGAGAUCAUGAUUUAAAAAUUAUUAAUCGUGCAGCCCUAAUUCCCGGCUGCAAUGUUAUCUGCAAAUCAUUAGAACUGACGGCAAUGUGUACUGUAAGUUUUUGUAGCAUUUUAGGCGUAGGCAGCCAGAAAGUAAUUCAGACCUGCUAGACGAUCCACUUGUUUAUGGGCAUAACACUUUUGCACUUUUUUUAAUUACUGAAUAUUAUAUUUAUAAACAAUAUGCUGAGACGAAUAAUAUAUACAAAAGUUCCUAGUGUAUGCUGCAUGGCAGACCUAGAAUCAGGCUUAUUCCUUACUGUUUUUGGUAUUGUACUAUUAAUAAUGGGUUGUUUCAUGGAUGUUCAGGUAAAAAGAAAAAAAAAACCUUCAACAUGAUACUGGUUCCCAAAGGCAGCUUCAUUGUCACUGUAGGCUGGACGUGAUCAGACACAUGCUGGGUCCUUUAACGAAACCGAUCAUGAUGUUCAAGGUUCUCUUCCCUAGUGUAAUUUUCAGAGUCACAGUAAGACACCAAAAAAGAUUAAAUGUGUGUAUUCAACUCAGUAAGAUGAAUGUGAGGAAUAGAAAUAAGUCACAGAUUCGUCAUAUUUGAAGACAUAGCACAUUUGUCAUUUUUGUGAAUCAUUAUGACUUUGGCUAACAUAUUUAGGAAUUCCUAUACAAUGCAUGGAGAAGAUACAUGUGCAAUGUGUAUGUAGUAGAUGUGUUUAUCAGUGUGUCUAUCUCAGUCCACCACAUCCGACGCCUCUCUCAUUGUCCCAGGAUGUCUGUCGCUUAAGUGCUCUUAAUUUCAUACAAUCCCCAUUUCCAGGCUUCCAAAUGCAGUCCCUCACCCCCAGGGCCCAUGAGGCGUACCCCUUUUCUACAGUGUAUCAUUUGUAUGCAGCUGUUUCAUACUUGUAUUUCAUACAUGUCUUGAAGGUGAAUGUAGAAGGUGAGAGUAGCCUGUGUGUUUCACUGUAUUUCAGUGAAAGUUCAUUAACUUCAGUUCUAAUAUAGCUUAACAUCUUUUAUACACACAAAUUUACACUCUAAGAGCAGAUGGCUGUAGAUUUAAAGCAAUCUCACCUAUAAAAGAGGUAAUGGCAAAAUCCCCUACUUAUACUUGCAAUAGAUACUCCUUAGGAUGCCUCUGUGUACUGAUUCUUUCUACAUCCAAUUUUGUGUGAACAGACAUAAGCUUCUAUAUUUGAUCUGCACUGUCUGAAAGGACACUGUUGUCUUGUGAACAUAAUAAAGUUCCUGUGAAUUCUAAAACUUACUCUUUGGUUUCCUUAAACUGCCAGUAAGUCUGUCACUUGUUUGUGUUUGUAUAUAUUAAAUAAAAAUCCCCAAGCAUUAUUUUCUCCUUGUAACGCCACUUAUUUAAAACUGCCAUGGACUGUAGGACUGGAGAAUUGGUUUCUUUCUGUCUCUUAUUUACAUGUUUGUAAGUUGGGGGUGUGGCUGACAUUAAUCAGGGCUAAGACACUCAUUCCACCUGUGCCUUACUACCAGUCAUGUAACAGCGUUCUGUCCCCACCCCUGUACCUCGUCGUUGCCUGUUGCACGACUCGGCACUUGUUUCGUUGUGUUUCCCCUUGUGCCGAUGCUGGAAUUUUGUUUUGUUUCUUCUUUGCUGUUUUUGAAAACCAUUCUCCACUCCAACACCAAAAUAAAGGCUGAGUUCCUUCCUUG